ACAUAAUGCAUAAAGUAUAAACUCGUGAUGAAACGAAUUAUUUAAAUUUAUCUCCUGAAGUCAGGAAUUCAGUAGUUGAGUUAUACAUAUAUUUUUAAUCGUGGACAGUACUAAAACUACGAUAGUAACUAUAAAAGUGACUAUAAUAGUGCAAUGGGACGUAGGAAAAGUAAAAGAAAGCCUCCCGCGAAAAGGAAAGCCAUAGAGCCUCUAGACACACAGUUUAACUGCCCGUUUUGCAAUCACGAAAAAUCUUGCGAAGUCAAAAUGGACAAAAGUCGAAAUGUGGGGAAAGUGUAUUGUCGGGUUUGCCUUGAGUCGUUUCAAACAACUACAAGCUUUUUGUCAGAACCAGUUGACAUAUAUAAUGAUUGGGUAGAUGCUUGUGAAGCAGCUAAUUGAUGAUGGGUGGCUACAGAAACAUAAAUAAAACAAAUGGGAACCAAUCCAAGCCAAAACAAUUUUGAAUUUUGAUUUAUUAAGUCUUGUUUUAUAGAAUUGUGUUUUAUAAUUUUUAUUGUUGUAGUCACCCUACACAAUUAAUAAAAGUAUAAAAUAUUA